AAAGCCCGCCCCUGGGAGGAGAGGAGGCGAGGAGCAGACAUCGAGUGGUGCGCCUGCGUACUGCGGUGGGAGGGCCGAAGUCGCGCAGUGAGCCCCUCGCAGGCCUGCAAACAACGCGAUAUUUUCUUGAGAUCGGUGGCGGAAUUAUUUUAUACAGAAAUCUGGUGUGAUCCCUAUGCAAACAAGGCGAUGAUUGUACGAAGAGUGAUACUGAAUUCCCGACCUGGGAAAAAUGGUAAUCCAGUGGCAGAAAAUUUCCGAGUAGAAGAAGUAAAUUUACCAGAUAAUAUAAAUGAAGGACAAUUAAAAGUCAGAACUCUUUAUCUUUCUGUGGAUCCUUACAUGCGUUGUAGAAUGAAUGAAGACACUGGAUCUGAUUAUAUAACACCUUGGCAGCUGUCUCAAGUGGUUGAUGGUGGAGGUGUUGGGAUUAUAGAAGAAAGCAAACACACAAAUUUUACUAAAGGUGAUUUUGUGACUUCUUUCUAUUGGCCCUGGCAAACCAAGGUUAUCCUGGAUGGAAAUAACCUUCAAAAGGUAGACCCACAACUUGUGGAUGGACACCUUUCAUACUUUCUUGGAGCCAUAGGUAUGCCUGGUUUGACUUCCUUGAUUGGGAUACAGGAAAAAGGUCAUAUAACAGCUGGAUCUAAUCAGACAAUGGUUGUUAGUGGGGCUGCUGGUGCUUGUGGAUCCUUAGCUGGGCAGAUCGGCCAUUUGAUGGGCUGUUCAAGAGUGGUGGGAAUUUGUGGAACCCAUGAGAAGUGCCUCUUUUUGACCUCAGAACUGGGCUUUGAUGCUGCAAUUAAUUAUAAAAAGGGGAAUGUGGCAGAACAGCUCCGUGAAUUCUGCCCAGCUGGAGUGGAUGUUUACUUUGACAAUGUUGGCGGUGACAUUAGUGACACAGUGAUAAGUCAGAUGAAUCAGAACAGCCACAUCAUCCUGUGUGGUCAAAUUUCUCAGUACAACAAAGAUGUGCCUUAUCCUCCUCCAUUAACCCCUGCUGUAGAAGCAAUCCGGAAAGAAAGGAACAUCACAAGAGAAAGAUUUCUGGUGUUAAAUUAUAAGGACAAAUUUGAGUCUGGUAUUCUACAGCUGAGUCAAUGGUUUAAAGAAGGAAAGCUAAAGAUCAAAGAAACUAUGAUAAAUGGAUUGGAAAACAUGGGAGCUGCAUUCCAGUCCAUGAUGACAGGAGGUAACAUUGGAAAGCAGAUAGUUUGCAUUUCAGAAGAAACCUCUUUGUAAUCUCUAUAAAUGUCUUCAUCAAGGAAAUAGUUUUCUUUCCAUUUUG